GUAGAGAGCAAACCAACACCAGAAGAAAACAAUAUCAUGCUGGACACUUUGCUUCACUGAAGACAGAGCAAAGCGUCUGACGCUCGUAAGCUGGCUUGUUCCUUGAACGGUUCCAUAGCUUGACGAUUCGUAGCACGGUUGAAGGUGCCAUGGCCGCCGUGCGCGCUGCCUGCUCCGCUGCAACAGCCGCAGCAACCGCAGUCAGUGCGACCGAAUGCCACGUGUUCAGGCCAGCUGGCACUGCCGUCACGUCAGCACCAGCUUCAGUACUCCGGUCGUCGCUCUUUGCGCGUUCUCCUGCAUUAAUUAACCACCGUCACGGCGCCGUAGCCGUCGUGCAGCUGCCGCGUCAGUCACGCCGUCAGCCUCGCGGCAUUUGCGUCGUGCGUGCCAGCAGCGCUGGGAGCUCUGACAAUGCAACCACGGAAAGCUCCGGGUUUUUCGGAUGGCUGAAGAUGCCGAUUCUGGAUGGACUGUUCGGGAAGAAGGGCGAGACAGAGGUGAAGCCGAGCACGGAGAUAGAGACGGAGGGAGCUCCGGAAGAGAGCCUGCCUGAACCGGAGCCUGAAGUAGUCAAGGAAGAGCCCCCCGAGGAGCUGGACGUGGUGAUAGUGGGAGCGGGACUGGCAGGCCUGCGAGCAGCAGUGGCGCUGCAGGGAGCAGGGGUGCCGUGUGUGGUGCUGGAGGCAUCAGACGGUGUGGGAGGCAGGGUGCGCACGGACAACGUGGAUGGGUUUCUGCUGGACCGGGGAUUCCAGAUCUUCCUCUCAGCCUACCCCGAGGCACAGCAGAUUCUUGACUACGAGGCAUUGGACCUCAAGCCCUUCUACUCUGGCGCUCUCGUGUGGUUCGGAGGCUCCUUCCACAGGGUAGCAGACCCCUUCCGCCACACAUCAGACGGGCUGGGCUCUCUCUUCAACCCCGUCGGGUCUGUCUUUGAUAAAGUGCGAGUGGGGCUGCUGCGGCUGAAAGCGGUGUCUACACCUGUAGCGGACAUUCUCAAGGCGCCGGAGAGCAGCAUUGAGGAAGCUUUGAGGAAGCAGGGCUUCUCCACUGAGAUGAUCGACCGCUUCUUCCGUCCGUUCCUUGGAGGGAUCUUCUUUGAUAACGAGCUCACCACUUCCUCCAGGUUGAUGGAGUUUGUCUUGCGCAUGCUGGCCCUGGCGCCCAACACCCUCCCAUCAUCCGGCAUCGGAGCCCUGGCCUCUCAGCUCGCCGCCCGCCUCCCCCCCGACUCCAUUCGCCUCAACUCCCCUGUCUCCUCCAUCGUCCCUGCUCCUGUAAACGAGGGGGAAACCGGUAGUACCACAGGCUCGGCAACAAGUUCGGAUGAUGGUGCAGGCUCGGUGGGGACAGGUACGGGUGUGCCGAGCCUGCUGACACUGGGGGAUGGGAAGAGGAUUCUGGCUAAGGGAGGGGUGAUUGUGGCUGUGGAGCAGCCCUUGGCUCUGAGGCUUCUAGGGGAGGGAGGUGAAUCCAAGGCUGAGUCGGAGAGCAGCGGCAGCACUGCCACUACGACCAUUCAAGAUCCCCGCAGCACUGUCUGUCUCUACUUUGCAUCAGACUCCCCACCCCCUGUCGCCGAGCCCAUCCUCUUUUUAAACGGGUCCGGUAGCGGCAUAGUCAACAACAUCUGCUUCCCCAGUGUGGUGUCUCCCUCCUACGCUCCACCCGGCAAGACACUUGUCUCUGUCUCUCUUGUCGGUGCCUAUGAGGGCCGGACCGAGGCUGAGCUCGAGGCUCGGGUCCGUACGGAGCUGGCGGGUUGGUUUGGGAAAGAGGAAGUGGAGACUUGGAAGAUGCUCCGAGUCUACAGGAUUCCGUUUGCCCAACCAGGGCAAAGGCCCCCAACGGAUUUCUCUGGGAGUGUGGAGGUGGGGGGAAGGGAGGGAGUGUAUGUGUGUGGGGACCACAGGAGCUCCCCCACUUUUGAUGGAGCACUGGCGUCUGGUAGAAAGGCAGCAGAAGCUUUGCUUGCUCAAAGAGCAUGACCAUGCAGGUGUUUAAGUUAUUGACUGAAGGCACAUAAGUAUGGAUCAUAAGGAGGAGGGUUUUGGCGGAUUCAGCAGCAUAACAAUUUCAUGCUGGAUGGCUGAGCAUGCCAGUACAGAGGUCAAUUUAUCACAAUAAACGC